AUGGGCUCCUCUCCGCUCAUCUCGGCGCCAGAGGCGCAGGCUAUCUCGGAUGCGGUUGCUGCCAAGAAAAAGGGCCACAAGGCCGCGAGCAAGGGCAAGGCAGCCACCGAGAUGGAUCGCCACAGCAGGUCGGGCAAGGGCUCCGGAAAGGCGAAGAAGGGGGGCGCGGGGGGGAAAUACACUUGGGAAGGGAGCCACCCUCUCUCCCCGGUUGACGCGGUGCAGGUGAUGGACCGUGACGACCCGAACUACGACUCCCAGGACGCCGACGCCGCGUCCACUGCGCAGCAGAUCACCGUCUCCGAGUUCAAGCAGCGCGUGUCCGAGAUCAUCCACGAGUAUUUCAACUCCGGCGACGUCGAAGACGUCGCGCUGUCCCUCGCGGAGACGGCGCUCCCGCGCCUCAUGCACCACUUCGUCAAGCGGCUCGUCUCGAUGUCCCUCGACAAGAAGGCGCGAGAGUGCGAGAUGGCCUCCGUGCUCCUCUCGAGCCUCUACGGGGAGGUCCUCGCGGUCAAGGACAUUCAGAAGGGCUUCCUGAACCUCGCGCGCAACCUCGGGGACCUCACGCUCGACAUCCCGAACGCCCCGCAGGGCCUCUCGCUCUUCGUGGCACGCGCCAUCGUCGACGACGUCCUCGCGCCGUCCUUCGUCGAACAGAUUCGCGCGCUUCAGACGGACGGCACGGAGGAGCUCGCGCGCGCGGUGGCGUCGCACCUCAAGGGCAAGCACAGCGCGGAGCGCCUGGCGCGGUGCUGGGGCGCGGGCGCGGGCACCAGCUACGAGGAGACGCAGGCCGCGAUUCGCAAAAUGCUCGAGGAAUACGCCAACUCCGCGGACCUCGACGAGGCGCAGCGCUGCCUGCGCGAGCUCCACGUGCCGUUUUUCCACCACCACGUCGUCAAGCUGGCGCUGACGCGCGCCGCCGAGGACGCGCGCCACGCCCCCGCCAUGCGCGCCCUGCUGGCCUGCUUCGCCGCCUCCGGCCUCAUCUCCGACGUCCAGCUCGCGAGCGGCGUCCGCCGCGUCGUCGACCGCGCGGGCGACCUCGAGCUCGACGUUCCGGGCGCGCGCGCGCGCCUCGCGGCCUUCCUCGCCGACGCCCGCCGCGACGGAUGGCUCGACUCCGACCUCGCGCAGCUCGAGACGACACCGUCGGACGCGAUGCAGGUGGACCGCGACCUCGAGGUGUACAAGCAGAAGGCGGAGGCGGCGGUGCGGGAGUACUUCGCGGCGCGCGACGUCGGGGAGGUGUCGCGGUGUCUGGCGGACAUGGGCCCUGACGCUCUGCGGCACCUGUUCGUGAAGCGCGCCGUGACGGUCAGCAUGGACCGCGGGCCGAAGGAGCGCGAGUGCGUGUCGACGCUGCUCUCGGAGCUCUUCCCGGACGACCUGUCCCGACCGCAGAUCUUCGAGGGGUUCCGGCUGCUGCUGGACGCGGCCGACGACCUCGCGCUCGACAUCCCCGACGCCCCGCGCAUGCUCGCGCUCUUCAUCGCGCGUGCGGUCUACGACGAGGUCCUGGCGCCGUCCUUCCUCCACGACGUCGUCGCGAAGCUGCCGGAGCGGUGCCGCGGCCUGGACGUGGUGCAGGACACCAUCGGCAUGCUCGCGCAGCCGCGCGCGGGCGAGCGGAUCGAGUCCUGCUGGGGCGUCGACGCCGCGGCAAUCAACGGCGUCGUCGCGCCGGGCGGCCCGGCUGCCGCGGUGGCGUGA